AUGUUGGUCCGGAACAAAGAGGCGGCGAUGAUACGCAGAGAUGAUUCACAGUCGCCUUUGUUAUGUCUCACACCGGAUCUGGAACAGUCCAGUACAUCCCAUACGGACGAGUCCACGAUGGGCACACCUGUGCCCACGUUGCCUACAUCCGAGUCUUCGAAAGGAAGCAACGUGGCGCUCCCAGGUCUACCGAUGCACCAGAGCUGGGAGUCAUUAAUGCAUGAGGUGCAUCUUCCUUAUUAUGACCCGACGUUGGGUUUCACGGAUACCAAAGAAGCCCUUUUGUCUUUGCCUCCGUCAGGAAGGAUCCGGAUGCCCAAUCCGAUCGAAGUGCCGUCGCCAGCCAGUUGGCUGACAUCGGACUCCCAAUCCCCUUCAGAUACCUCUUCUUCAUGCCUCGACCAUACCCUACCACUGAAACGUUCCUCUGAUGUUUCCAAUGGCAUUCUCAUUCAUGAGCCGACGAUGGCAUUUAAACGAGCACGAACUUCGCCCACGGGGAUGGAUGUGCCUCCUUCAUACCAAGUUCCCUCCUUAAUCCCUAUGGAUCCACACCCUAUGCCAGCAGAUCGACAAAGCUCUGAUCAUCUACGUGCUUGGCUCCUAGAGAGACGCGCUCUUCUUCAAAAGGCGCACGAUGACGUGACCAAGGACAUGGCGGCGCUGCAUCAAGAUAUGGCACGUCGUAAUGAGCUUCGUAUGCGUCUUAAUGCACGUAUCUCGCUGCUUCGACAACGCCGGAUGGCAUCAUUGACAUCGUUGGCCAUGCUUAAGCCUGAUGGCGAGGGGAACGAAUUGUGGGAUUCUGCUCACGUCUCCUCGGUCGCCGAUCUUCUUGAGCAAAAUAUCUUGUAUCUCUAA